GUAUUGUAGAAAAUGGACACAGUAAAGCGGUUUGCAAAAGCUGUAUAUAGAGCAGCCAUUAAGAUCCCCCUCACCGCCGGAUAUCCAACACGCAAUGGUAACCCUGACGAAACUAACGGGAGUUUGGCGUCCGUAGUAACCAUUGUUUUCGUCACAGCCGUGACCUUCGCAAUAAUUGGUAUAUUUGGGGCAAAACAAAGUUAUGAACAACUUGCCAAUAAACAUAUUUUGAUAAUGAUGGUGUUGCUGAUGCUUUCUGCUCUGAUGUCAGUGGUUUUUAUCUCUAUGCUUGCGUACAAAAAUAGAGAGAGUUGGUACAAACCAUCCGAACUUAGACGCAUCGCAAUCUACACAAAUAUUAAAGUAGCCUUUUUGUGGCUUUUUGGGUUUGCUUGCAUACUGCAUGAAUCUUUGGGCGCAUGCAUGGACCUCAAUUGCUGGUCCAGUCCUGAAUCUGACGAUUUGAGCUGGAAUCCAAUCGCACGCACGUUCAGUCAUUUCCUCCAAAUCCUAUCUUUAUGUUGUCAGCUGAGUUUUAUAACUUACUUCCGCUACUACAAAUUCGAGCCCUCUCUAUGCAUCAACUAUGGUAUUUUGAUAAUACUUCUUGCUAAUUUAAGUAAGUGGUUUGAUUCUCUCAUAAAGGAAAUAAAUCUAAACCCUUACUCCGAAAGAAAAAAUGAAACUUUAAACAUUCAUUGCCUUCUGUCGUCUUCAAUCUACAAUAUAACAGAAGACCUCGAACCUUAUGUUGAUCCAGCUCGAGUUGAAUUUUAUCUUUUGUCCACUGGGUUUAUCAUUAGCAUGUGGCCUUCCAUACAAGAAGAUGAGGAGUCUGAACCAAAAGAAAUGAAUCCAGCAUCAGUGGCCGGUCUAUCGGAACCAGACGAUGAACUCGCAUUGCUCAUGCCAGGUUCAUCCACUUCCAUAAAUUACAAUACUGUGCAAUUGAGAAACGACUUGUCAAACACUCGAAUUCAUCCCGUGUCUCAUUUCUGCUCCAUUGUAACUGGGAUUGUGUUGAACAUGUCAUUAAUUAUUGGAAACAUUGUCUUCGUGUACUUGACGAGAACAGAGAAGCAUGAGAGUGUUGGUUUACGCGAGGCCUGGUUUACAUUUACACUGGUGUACAAACUCUGCAUGAUGAUACUGAUUUACAUGAUAUACUAUCAUAUCACAUGGAAUGACACACCCUUUCAGGUCAAACCAAAGAAACUUUCCUCAGGACAAUAUCUCCUCAUAUUUUCCACAUCAGGAACAGUUGCUUUAUGCACAAUAGGCAUAAUUGUUGGAACUGAAGAAGUGCCCGAAAAAGGUGGAUAUCUGUUCAUUUUUGAAAACUGCGUCGAUAUCAUGGGAACUUAUCUUCAAACUGUGCUGAUAAUCCAUGCUGAGAAGUUGGUGGUGCGCUCGGGUGAAGGAUCGUCUUUUGCCUUAGAUAGACUGUGUCUAUUACUCUCAGUCAGCAAUCUGUCCUUAUGGCUUAUCGAUAGCUUCAUCGAUGUCCAGUAUAUCGCAAAAUUCAGGACUCAUAAUGAAAAAAUCAUCGAUACAGGGACACUGGAAAACAUCGUCAACAUUCUGUCACCCAUUUUGAUAUUUUAUCGAUUUCAUGUAUCUCUUGACUGGUACAACUUACACAGAAAAUUUAAGCAAAAUUCAUGAAUUUUGAUGUACAUAAUUAAUUCAACGUCUCUUCGAGAAUUUUUCACUCAUACUGAGACCACUACUUGUCGGUGGAGGGCUGUAAAUUUGGACCUGUACUCGGCACUUAGGGCCUUUGAGCAGAGAGGGAUCUUUUUCGUGCCAGCAGCUACUGUGACACGGGACCUCGGAUUAUACAGUCUCAUUCGGAGGGUCGGUCUCCACGUCCCGCAGUGGGAUUUGAAACCGCUACCUUGACUCCGCGACUGUGAAACAAACGCUUUAACAAUUGAGGACUACUACAUAAUUUGUAAUUAAUAUUAAUACCUGCUGUUUAUUGUAAUUAAUUCUGUAAUACAUGUAUUA